CUCGGGCCAUUUAAAUCUCGGCGGACGAAGCUGCGGACCUCGGGUUUGUGCGGGCUGCGGCCGUUCUCCGAGGGCUGCGGCCGUUCUCCGAGGGCUGCGGCCGUUCUCCCGGGGCUGCGGCAGUUCUCCGAGGGCUGCUGCAGAAGGGGGCAGAGGAGGAGAUAUCCAGUUCUUCCCGGUUUCUGUAUGUUGUCAUCUCACCUACGCCUGGUCCCCACGAGAGUCCAGCUUGUUCGUUCCCUGGUCCGCAAUCCUUCCUCUUCCUUCAUGGACCUGAAGGCUCUCCUUUCCUCCUUGAAUGACUUUGCAUCCCUCUCCUUUGCUGAGAGUUGGGACAAUGUUGGAUUACUGGUGGAACCAAGCCCACCACACACGGUGAACACACUCUUCCUGACCAACGAUUUGACCGAAGAAGUGAUGGAGGAGGCACUGCAGAAGAAGGCUGAUUUCAUUCUCUCCUACCAUCCGCCCAUUUUCCGGCCCAUUAAGCGCAUAACCUGGAAAACCUGGAAGGAGCGCCUGGUGAUCCGCGCUCUGGAGAACAGAAUCGCCAUUUACUCUCCGCACACGGCCUAUGAUGCCGCCCCCCAGGGGGUCAACAACUGGCUGGCUAAAGGGCUCGGCGUUUGCACCUCCAGGCCUAUACAUCCUUCCAAAGCACCCAACUACCCAACUGAGGGAACACACAGGGUAGAAUUUAAUGUUAACCACACCCAAGACCUGGACAAAGUCAUGUCUACAGUGAAAGGAAUUUCGGAUGUUUCUGUCACUUCCUUUUCUGCUAGGACUGAUGAUGAGGAACAGACGCGGGUCAGUCUGAACUGUAGUCAGCAGGCUUUGAUGCAGGUGGUGGCUUUCCUUUCCCAGAACAGACAGCUUUAUCAGAAGACUGAAAUUUUGUCACUGGAGAAGCCUCUGCUGCUGCACACUGGAAUGGGACGGUUAUGCACCCUGGAUGACUCUGUCUCCUUGGCAACCUUGAUUGAGCGAAUCAAAAGGCACCUAAAACUGUCUCAUGUUCGCCUUGCUCUUGGGGCAGGGAGGACCUUAGAGUCCCAAGUCAAAGUGGUGGCUCUGUGCGCUGGCUCUGGGAGCAGUGUUCUGCAGGGGGCAGAGGCCGACCUCUACCUCACAGAUGUCUAUGAUCUAUGAAGCAUCACUUCGGCUAUAACUUCAGGGAUGAGAAGCAUCAGUCAAAAGACCAAAUAACAGGCCUCUGCGUCCACUUGUCACCCUUCCUUUGAGCUUGACAUGGAAUUGGGUGAAGGGAAAUAUAUCCCAGACAGACCAGCAGGUGAGGAGCUUGCUCCUUGCAGAUCAUUUGCCUUUUCUUUCCCACAGCUGCCAACCUGUGCCAGGCUUUUCUUUCCUUUGCUUUCAGCUAUUAUUGUAGGGUCACCACGAAUUUCCCCACUUUCAUGCCUCCUCCAGCCAGUGCUUUUAUAACCUGGGCAGCCAGACUUGUUCCUAAAGCAUGGCUUCUAACUGGGCCACGUUAGUAUCUUUUUCUCCUUUUUAUCUUUACUAUUAUAGAUUAAGAUGUUUUAAUAGGUGCUUGAAGAAAAAAUAUUUCUUAUAAUUAAAUGACACAUAUGAGGGGUAGAAAUGUGGGCAAUUAAAUAUUCCUGGGGGAGGAGGGUAACUCUUUUUCUAAGAAUCUUUUUUUCCUUAUAUUUUAUGCCUUUAU